CUUUUAGAUCAUGCAGAGGAUCGUACCAGCCGUCUGUCGACAACCACUGCAACCCGUCAAGAUUCUCGCUGCUGGAAUGGCAUCACAAGUUCACACUCCAUUGAUUCCUGUAAAGAGAGUCCCUUACCAAGGGAAGAAUAUGCUUCGAGAUCCGAUAUCCGAAGUUGACCCCGAAGCACAUGCUAUCAUGAAGCAGGAAAAAGCACGUCAGCGUCGUGGACUUGAGUUGAUCGCUUCGGAGAACUUCACCACAAAAUCUGUCAUGGAUGCUUUGGGAUCGGCUAUGUGUAAUAAGUAUUCUGAAGGAUAUCCUGGUGCAAGGUACUAUGGUGGAAACGAGUUUAUCGACAAAAUGGAGUUGCUUUGUCAGAAGAGGGCUCUUGAGGUCUUCGGCUUGGAUCCCGAACUAUGGGGCGUAAAUGUGCAAUCAUUGUCUGGAGCACCAGCAAACUUUGCUGUUUACACUGCUAUAGCAGAGCCUAAUGGACGAAUUAUGGGACUUGAUCUACCCGAUGGUGGCCAUCUCUCUCAUGGGUUCUUCACCCCAGCCAGGAAAGUUUCUGCUACAUCCAUGUUCUUCCAGUCAAUGCCGUACAAGGUCGAUCCAAAAAGCGGUCUGAUUGAUUAUGACAAAAUGGAACAAAAUGCCAUGCUGUUCCGACCGAAGGUCAUUAUUGCUGGUGUUUCCUGCUACGCUCGUCACUUGGACUAUGCUCGUUUCCGAAAAAUUGCUGAUAAGUGUGGUGCUUAUUUGAUGUCUGACAUGGCUCACAUCUCUGGUCUCGUCGCCGCUGGUGUUAUUCCUUCGCCGUUCGAGUAUUCUGACAUUGUCACCACUACCACACAUAAAUCACUUCGUGGACCUCGUGGGGCGCUGAUUUUCUACAGGAAAGGUGUGCGAUCCACCAAUGCCAAGGGUGAGAAGAUCAUGUACGACAUUGGAGAGAAGAUUUCCUCGGCUGUUUUCCCAGGAUUGCAAGGAGGACCACACAAUCAUACCAUUGCUGGUAUUGCUGUGGCUUUGAAGCAAUGUCUUAGCGAAGAAUUUGUGAACUAUUCGAAGCAGAUACUUGCAAACUCCCAGGCACUGUCUCGUAAAUUGAUGGAAUUGGGUUAUACGCUUGCUACAGGUGGAACCGACAAUCAUCUUUGCCUGGUCGACUUGAGACCGAAGGGUAUCGAAGGGGCUAAAGCCGAGCAUGUGCUGGAUAUGGCUCACAUUGCUUGCAAUAAGAACACCUGCCCUGGAGAUGUAUCCGCAUUUCGACCGGGUGGUAUCCGUCUGGGAACCCCUGCUUUAACGUCGCGUGGACUCAAAGAGAAGGACUUCGAGAAAGUUGCAGAGUUCAUACAUGAAGGCUUGGAAAUUCUGCUGCGAUAUCAAGGUCAAGCCGGAAAGACGAUGAAAGACUUCAAAUCAUUUACGGAAACGAAUAAGGACUUCCUCAAGGACAUUGGAGAACUAGCUCAGAAAGUCGAAGCCUUCACUGCUCAAUUUGACAUUCCCGGCAAUCCCGAGUUCUAGACGUGGUUCUUGUAGCGCAGUUGAUUGUUUAACUAGUGAAAUUGAUCUUUCACUUGGAUAGAGUUAGCAAAUAUUUUUGCAGAUUUUUAUAUUGACUAACUUAUUCUUUGCAUUUUGAUACCAACUUGUUGUACCUUUGAUGGCAAUGCUCACUUCCUUAAACAAUAAAACAAGAUUCGUAAUCUAUGC